CAUCCUAUUGUUUAUGAAAUGAGACUGGAGACCAGGGAUUCCAAGGAUGUUAGAGACCUUAGGGGUGAGGGCCGGGAUAACAGAAAUGAAGCAAGGGAGUUAUUAUAUGAAGAGGCAAAGAGGGAUUCUCAAAUUGCUAAAGGUGAAAAGGAUGAUAGUGCUAGGUUUGAGGGUAGAGGGGAUGAUAAUAAAGAGAUGAAGUAUGAAAGGGAAAACCAUAAUGAUCAGAAGGGUGAUAUGAAGAUGGAAAAGGAAGGUUAUGGUCACUUGAAUUGGAAAGAAUCAAAAGAAUACCACAGGGGGAAAAGAUACUCAGAACCCCCGAGUGGAAACAUGGAUUCAUGGCAUAUUUCACGUGGCACUUCACAAGCGUUGGCUGAGGCUGGGAAGGAAGGAUCUGCACCUGAAGAGAGGGAUUAUGUGGAAGGACACGAGGCUGUCGGGGAGAAUAAAAUCGAUUCCAAAGGUGAGGAUAGAUUUAAGGAAAAGGAUAGAAAAAGGAAAGAGGGAAAGCACCGGGAUUGGGCCGACCGAGAUAAGGAAAGGAGUGAUCGUAGGAGCAGCAUGCAAGUAGGUAAUACUACUAGUGAGACCAAGGAACCUGCAAGAGAAGAAAGAGAAGCUGAGAGGUGGGAAAGGGAGAGGAAGGAUCUGAAGGAAAAGGAAAGACUAAAAGAGAGGGAAAAGGACCACAUCAAAAGAGAUUCAUGGAAUGGAAUUGAGAAAGAUGGUACGCACAGUGAGAAGGGACUUCUGGAUGGUUCUGUCAGAGUCCCGGAGCAGGAAAAUCCAGCAACAGAUCAGAAGAAACAGAAAGAUUCAGAGAACUGGAAAAAUGCUGAGAGGGAUCCUAGAGAUAGAAGGAGAGAAAGAGAUGCUGAUACAGAAGGAGAGAGACCUGAAAAGCGCAGCAGGUGUUACGACAAAGAAUCUGAUGAUGGAUGCACUGAGGGUGAAGUAGCUGCAGAAAGGGAAAAGGAAAUAUUCAGUUAUGGAGUCCAGCAGCGUAAGAGGAUGCUUCGCCCUAGAGGCAGCCCUCAAGUGUCCAACCGUGAGCCUCGUUUUAGGUCCCGAGCUCAGGACAAUGAAGGAUCUCAAGGUAAAUCUGAAAUGUCAUCUGUUGUUUACAAAGUUGGUGAAUGUAUGCAAGAAUUGAUUAAGCUGUGGAAAGAAUAUGAAGCAUCCCAAAGUGAUAAAAAUGGAGAUUUCCCAAAUAAUGGUCCCACCCUUGAAAUUCGGAUACCUGCUGAGCAUGUCACUGCUACCAAUCGUCAAGUCAAAGGUGCCCAACUGUGGGGGACAGAUAUAUACACUGAUGACUCUGAUCUUGUUGCUGUUCUCAUGCACACAGGUUAUUGCCGCCCCACUGGUUCCCCCCCGCCACCUGCCAUUCAAGAGUUGCACUCUACCAUCAGGGUUCUGCCUCCACAAGAUUGCUAUCCAUCUAAGCUGAGAAACAAUGUUCGUUCCCGUGCCUGGGGAGCUGGAAUUGGUUGUAGUUAUCGAGUGGAGCGGUGCUGCAUUGUCAAGAGAGGUGGUGGAACCAUUGAUCUCGAGCCUUGUCUUGUACAUUCUUCCACCGUAGAGCCUACCCUGGCUCCAGUUGCUGUUGAGCGAACGAUGACUACAAGGGCUGCAGCUUCGAAUGCACUGCGGCAACAAAGAUUUGUACGAGAAGUUACAAUACAGUACAACCUCUGCAAUGAACCUUGGAUCAAGUACAGUAUAAGUAUUGUUGCCGACAAGGGUCUGAAAAAGCCCCUCUAUACAUCUGCGCGCUUGAAGAAGGGAGAAGUUCUUUACCUAGAAACACAUUCGUGCAGGUAUGAGCUCUGUUUUACUGGGGAGAAGAUGGUCAAAGUAGCACAAGCAUUGCAAGGGCAUGAUGCAGAGACAGAGAAAUCACAGAAUCAUCACUCACAUUUCUCAAAUGGUGAAAAAAAUGAAUCUGAUAGCAUCUUAAUUGAUGUUUUCCGGUUUUCUCGUUGUAAGAAGCCUCUUCCAGAGAAAGUCAUGCGUUCCAUGGGGAUUCCUCUCCCACCGGAGCAUGUGGAGGUACUGGAGGAGAAUGUUGACUGGGAGGAUGUGCAGUGGUCACAAACCGGUGUUUGGAUAGCUGCAAAAGAAUACACUCUAGCCCGAGUGCAUUUUCUCUCAGUGAAUUAGCUGCAACUAUGUACUAUGCAUCUCAUUCUCAUAGCAUGUAUAUAAAACAUUUUAUCUAAGAUAUUCUGUGGGAACUGGAAGGGUGUAUGGUAAGUAAACUGGGAAAAAUUUGAUCCAUUUUUUGGGUUUCCUUUGGUUUUGGAAUCUUUUGGUGGAUGGUGGAAUCAUCAAACCUCGAAUGCCAGUUUUAUUUAAAAAUUAAUACAAAUUAUUGUCGGCAUUUCUAAUCAA